AUGAAGGCGGCCGUGGAUCUCAAGCCGACCCUCACCAUCAUCAAGACGGAGAAAGUGGACCUGGAGCUGUUCCCUUCCCCGGAUAUGGAAUGUGCAGAUGUCCCACUACUAACCCCAAGCAGCAAGGAGAUGAUGUCUCAGGCACUGAAAGCCACUUUCAGCGGUUUCUCCAAAGAGCAGCAAAGACUGGGGAUCCCAAAAGACCCCCGACAGUGGACAGAGACCCACGUGCGGGACUGGGUGAUGUGGGCCGUGAACGAGUUCAGCCUGAAGGGCGUGGACUUCCAGAAGUUCUGCAUGAACGGAGCCGCGCUCUGUGCGCUGGGCAAAGACUGCUUUCUGGAGCUGGCCCCGGACUUCGUUGGGGACAUCUUGUGGGAGCAUCUGGAAAUCCUGCAGAAAGAGGAUGUGAAGCCCUAUCCAGUGAAUGGAGUCAACCCCACUUACCCAGAAUCCCGCUAUACCUCGGACUACUUCAUUAGCUACGGUAUCGAGCAUGCUCAGUGUGUCCCUCCCUCGGAGUUCUCAGAGCCCAGCUUCAUCACAGAGUCCUACCAGACGCUCCAUCCCAUCAGCUCCGAGGAGCUCCUCUCCCUCAAGUAUGAGAACGACUACCCCUCGGUCAUCCUGCGGGACCCUCUGCAGACAGACACCUUGCAGACGGACUACUUUGCUAUCAAGCAAGAGGUCGUCACACCAGACAACAUGUGCAUGGGGAGGACCAGUCGUGGUAAACUCGGGGGCCAGGACUCUUUUGAGAGCAUAGAGAGCUACGAUAGUUGUGACCGCCUCACCCAGUCCUGGAGCAGCCAGUCAUCUUUCAACAGCCUGCAGCGCGUUCCUUCCUAUGACAGCUUCGACUCCGAGGACUAUCCGGCCGCCCUGCCCAACCACAAUCCCAAGGGCACCUUCAAGGACUAUGUGCGUGACCGCGCUGACCUCAACAAGGACAAGCCUGUCAUUCCUGCUGCUGCCCUGGCUGGCUAUACAGGCAGUGGACCGAUCCAGCUGUGGCAGUUUCUUCUGGAAUUACUCACUGAUAAGUCCUGUCAGUCUUUUAUCAGCUGGACAGGAGAUGGCUGGGAAUUCAAGCUCUCUGACCCAGAUGAGGUGGCCAGGAGAUGGGGGAAAAGGAAAAACAAGCCCAAGAUGAAUUAUGAGAAACUGAGCCGUGGCCUCCGCUACUACUAUGACAAAAACAUCAUCCACAAGACGGCGGGCAAGCGCUACGUUUACCGCUUUGUGUGUGACCUGCAGAGCCUCCUGGGAUACACGCCUGAGGAGCUCCACGCCAUGCUGGAUGUCAAGCCAGACGCUGACGAGUGA